UGGACUGUGGCGGCGUUAGCUGUAUCACUUCCGCCUGUGAUUCAUUCAGUUUCCAGACGAGAUAAUUUAUUCGUCUGGAAGAAUUUGCGCACGAAACAACUGUCAAAAUGGCAGAGCCUGGUGAAACUGAGGUUCCACCAGCGCAGCCAGUUCACUCAGUAGCAGAUCCAGAUAAAUUUGCGGCGUAUUUGUUUCGUUGUGUGCCUGUUUUACUCGAAGAUAGAGAGGAGGCGUCGACGGCCUUGAGAAAUGCCGUCGUCGAAAAAAAUAACAGCGAGCAAAUCAAGAAAUUUCUGAAUGAUCCCCAAUAUCCUGUCCUGCUUGUUCAAAGGUCUUCAACUAAAGAUGACACAGACAUGGUUCCAGAGGGAGGGGAAGGGGAGACUGAUGGGGGAGUCAGUUACUUAAUCUCUUCAGAUGUCCACUUCACAAGCUCUAAGGUUACAAGCUUGGUGUUCAUCAAGAGAGGCCCUGUGCUGGAAGGAGACAAGUCAUUUCCCUCACAGCUGCAAGUCAUGAACAUCAGUGACGGCUCCCCGUACGAGGUACUGCACUCCUACAUCAGCAACGCAGUGUCGCCCUACUUCAAGUCCUACAUUCGUGAGACUGGCAAGGCUGAAAGGGACGGGGACAAGAUGGCUCCUGCAGUUGAGAAAAAAAUCGUAGACCUGGAGAUGGGCUUGUUACACCUUCAGCAGAACAUCGACAUCCCUGAGAUCAUACUGCCCAUCCACCCCAACGUCUCUGCAGUGAUAAAGAAGUGUGCGGAUGAGGGACGCAAACCCAAGGUCGAGGACUUUGGUGAUAAGGUGGAGGAUGCCCAGUUCUUGAACGCUCUACAGAGUGGCGUUAACAGGUGGAUACGAGAGAUACAGAAGGUGACCAAACUGGACCGAGACCCAGGGUCAGGCACUGCCCUGCAGGAGAUCAGUUUCUGGUUGAACCUGGAGCGCGCCCUGCUCCGUAUCCAGGAGAAACGGGAGAGUGCUGACAUUGUUCUCACUCUCGAGAUACUAAAGCAUGGCAAACGAUUCCAUGCAACUGUCAGCUUUGAUACUGAUACUGGAUUGAAGACGGCCAUGACAACAGUGAAUGACUACAACCAGCUCAUGAAGGACUUUCCCUUGAACGACCUCUUGUCGGCCACAGAACUUGACCGCAUCCGUGUGUCCCUGCAGGCAAUCUUCCUGCACCUUCGCAAGAUCAGGCCCACAAAGUACCCGAUACAGCGAGCACUGCGCUUGGUCGAGGCAAUUUCCAGGGAUCUCAGCACUCAGCUACUGAAGGUGCUGGGUACGAGACGACUGAUGCACAUCCCGUAUGAGGAGUUUGAGAAGGUGAUCUCUGCGUGCUUUGACGUGUUCAGCACAUGGGAUGACGAGUAUGACAAGCUGCAGGGCCUGCUGAGGGACCUCGUAAAGAAGAAAAGGGAGGAGCACCUGCGUAUGGUCUGGAGGGUCAACCCCGCACACAAGAGACUGCAGGGCAGACUGGACAACAUGAGGAAAUUCCGUCGUCAACAUGAGCAGCUGCGUCAGGUUAUUGUGCGAGUGUUGAGGCCGGUUUCCAGCAGCAAGGCUGCAGUCAUGUCACCCAGCGAGGAGAUAGUGCCCAAACUGGAACCAGUGGUGGAUGAGGCAGCUGAUGCCAAUGCCAUUGAGGAGGUGAACCUGGCGUAUGAGAAUGUAAAGGAAGUGGAUGGCCUGGACGUGUCCAAGGAAGGCUCUGACGCAUGGGAGGCUGCUAUCAAGAGGUAUGAUGAACGUAUUGACCGUGUUGAGACGAGGAUCACAGCUCGUCUCCGAGACCAGCUGGGAACUGCCAAGAACGCCAAUGAGAUGUUCCGCAUCUUCUCACGGUUUAACGCGCUGUUUGUGAGGCCGCACAUUCGGGGAGCGAUUCGGGAGUAUCAGACCCAACUAAUGCAACGGGUGAAAGACGACAUUGAAUCCUUGCAUGAGAAAUUCAAGGUCCAGUAUCCUCAAAGCAAGACCUGCCGUAUGAGCAAGGCCAGAGAUUUCCCUUCAGUGUCUGGAAGCAUCAUCUUUGCCAGACAGAUUGAGCGUCAGCUGACCGCUUACCUACGUCGUGUAGAGGACGUGCUGGGCAAGGGUUGGGAGAGCCACGUGGAGGGACAGAAGCUGAAGGGAGACGGAGACAGCUUCAGGAACAAGCUCAACACCCUCGAGCUCUUUGAGGAGUGGAGCAGGAAGGUAACCCAGAGGCAACUGCAGGUGUCUGGCCGCAUAUUUACCAUCACCAGUGUCAAGUCACGUAUCCCAGGCAAGCCGAACAUUCUGAAGCUUGGCGUCAACUUCCAGAAGGAUAUCAUCACCCUCUCCAAGGAGGUUCGCAACAUGAAGUGGCUGGGAUUUAGAGUGCCCCUUGCGAUCGUGAACAAGGCCCACCAGGCCAACCAGCUGUACCCAUUUGCUAUGUCGCUGUUCGAGAGCGUGCGCACCUACCAACAGACCCUCGAGAAAUUAGAGGACCGAUCCUCCAUUCACCUGCUGGUGGCUGGACUACACAAGGAAGUCCAGAACCUUAUCUCCGAGGGAGUACAACUUGUUUGGGAGUCAUACAAGCUAGAUCCGUAUGUGCAAAAACUGGCAGACACCCUUGUCAACUUCCAGGAGAAAGUGGAUGACCUGCUGGCAAUGGAGCAGGAGAUAGAUCUGGAGGUGAAGUCCCUGGAGACCUGUGCUUACAGCAGCACCACCUUCAAGGAGAUCCUGGCCAAGGUGCAGAAGGCAGUGGACAAUCUCUCACUGCACUCCUACUCCAACCUGCCACAGUGGGUCGCCAAACUGGACGAAGAGGUUGAGAAGCGUCUAGCUGCGAGACUGGAACUGGCUCUGGAUUCAUGGAACAAGUGUCUGCUGGGAGCCAAGGACAAGGAUGAUACAGUGGACCACAGCAUGGACACAGACGCUCCCCAGCAGCUAGCCCUGAAACUGGGAGGGGAACCAAACAUCAAGACAUUCGUGCACGAGUUGCGCAUCACCAACCAGCUGAUCUACGUGAGCCCACCCUCUGAGGAGGCCCGUGUGAACAUCAUGCAGGAGCUGUUCAGCUGGGAGGCCAUCAUCACCAGCCUGCCUCGCAUCAAACACUCCAGAUACCAGGUUGGUCUGGAUGUGGAGUCAGAGUCCUCAGCCACUUACAAGAAUGUGCUCACCAAGCUGCCAGGGGGUAUGAAGGUUGUGGAAGAGUCGUACGCAGCCAUUCAGAAGAUUGUCAAGGAAAUGGAAGAUUACAUACUGGUGUGGCUGCGCUACCAGGCCCUCUGGGACCUCACUACCGACAAUCUGUACAACAGAAUGGGGGACCUUGCCACAUGGAUGAGGACCCUGGAGCAAAUCAAGUCGGCAAGGAAGACGUUUGACACCUCGGAGACCCAGAAAGAGAUCGGUCCCAUUGUGAUACAGUUCAGCAAGGUGCAGUCAAAGGUCUCCCUCAAGUACGACUCCUGGCACAAGGAGGUGCUCAGUCGCUUCGGUAACAUGCUUAGCAACGAGAUGACAGAGUUCCACGCCCACAUUCAGAAGUCCCGAUCCGACCUGGAGCAACAGUCCAUCGAUACGGCCAACACUUCUGAGGCCGUGGGCUUGAUCACACAGGUGCAGUCGCUCAAACGCAAGAUGAAGACCUGGGAGAAACAAGUGGAGAUGUACAAAGAAGGGCAACGAAUUCUUGAGAGACAGAGGUUCCAGUUCCCAAGCAACUGGCUCUACAGCGACAACAUUGAGGGCGAAUGGGGGGCUUUUGCGGACAUCAUGAAGCGUAAGGAUGGCUCCAUUCAGACCCAGGUGGCCAGCCUGCAGAUGAAGAUAGUGGCAGAGGAUAAGGUGGUUGAAGGAAAGACAUCUGACCUGCUUGUGGAUUGGGAGAAAGAAAAGCCAGUUGCUGGAGAGUUGCCACCAGACGAGGCCCUGAAGGCCAUCACGAUAUUUGAGGGGAAGUUCUCGCGACUCAAGGAGGAGAGGGAAAAUGUGGCCAAGGCCAAGGAGGCUCUCGAACUGGCAGAACCAGGUCAGAUCAGUGCAAGUGAGGAGCGUGUACAAGUGAGCCUGGAAGAGUUACAGGACCUCAAGGGUGUGUGGACAGAGCUGGGCAAGAUCUGGGAGCAGAUCUACGAGCUCAAGGAUAAACCAUGGCUCUCAGUGCAACCCAGAAAGAUUCGUCAGAGCAUUGAUGGCCUGUUGAGCCAAAUGAAGGAGCUGCCUGCGAGACUGAGGGCAUACGCCUCAUAUGAGUUUGUGAAGAAACUUCUGCAAGGAUUUGCAAAGGUGAACAUGCUGGUUGUGGAGCUGAAGUCAGAAGCCCUGAAGGAGCGUCACUGGAAGGCACUGACGCGCAGGCUGAACGUCAAGUGGGUGCUGUCUGAGCUGACCCUGGGGCAUGUCUGGGACAUUGACCUACAGAAGAACGAGCUUAUCAUCAAGGAUAUCAUACUGGUUGCCCAGGGAGAAAUGGCCCUUGAAGAGUUUUUGAAACAGGUGUCCGAGACCUGGCGCGCCUAUGAGCUGGACAUGAUUGGCUACCAGGGCCGCUGUAAACUGAUCCGAGGCUGGGAUGACCUCUUUAACAAGGUCAAAGAGCACAUCAACAGCGUCAUGGCGAUGAAACUCUCACCCUAUUAUAAGCAAUUUGAGGAGGAGGCGUUAGCAUGGGAGGACAAGUUAAACCGCAUUAACGCUCUGUUUGACGUGUGGAUUGACGUGCAGAGACGCUGGGUGUACCUUGAAGGCAUUUUCACUGGCAGUGCAGACAUACAGCACCUCCUGCCUGUAGAGACACAGAGGUUCCAGGGAGUGAGCACAGAGUUCCUGGCCUUGAUGAAGAAAGUGGCCAAGUCUCCACUAGUGAUGGACGUUCUGAACAUCCCCAACAGUCAGCGCCAGCUGGAGAGACUGGCAGACCUCCUGGGCAAGAUACAGAAGGCUCUAGGAGAGUACCUCGAGAGGGAGAGGGCCUCAUUCCCCAGAUUCUACUUCGUGGGAGAUGAAGACCUGCUGGAGAUCAUUGGUAACAGCAAGAACGUUGCCCGCCUGCAGAAGCACUUUAAGAAGAUGUUUGCUGGGGUGGCCACCAUCACACUGAAUGAUGACAACUCUCAAGUCCUGGGGCUGCUCUCCAAAGAGGGAGAAGAGGUUGUGUUUGCGAGUUCAGUGUCUAUCGCCCAGCACCCGAAGAUCAACGAGUGGCUGACAUGUGUAGAGAAGGAGAUGCGGGUCACCUUGGCCAAGCUUUUGGCUCAGUCUGUGAAGGAUGUCACCACGUUCAAGACCGGCAAGAUAGAUCCACACCAGUAUCUCAUCUGGGUGGACAAGUACCAGGCUCAGCUGGUAGUGCUAGCGUCCCAGAUCUCUUGGUCAGAGAGUGUAGAGAAUGCCCUGAACACGGUGGCAAACAAAGGCGGUGCAGACUUCACCGCUCUACAGGAGGUACUGGGCAUGGUGGAGUCCACGCUGAACAUCCUGGCGGACUCUGUGCUCCAUGAGCAGCCACCUGUACGCAGGAAGAAGCUGGAGCAUCUGAUCACAGAGCUGGUUCACCAGAGAGAUGUCACAAGAACCAUGAUCAACAACAAGGUGAACUCACCCAAGUCCUUCGACUGGCUCUGCCAGAUGAGGUUCUACUUCGACCCCAAGAACCCCGACGUUCUUCAGCAGCUCUCCAUCCAGAUGGCCAACGCCAAGUUCAACUACGGGUUUGAGUACCUCGGAGUGCAGGAUAAACUGGUGCAGACUCCACUCACUGACAGGUGUUACCUCACCUUGACUCAAGCUCUUGAGGCUAGGCUUGGAGGAUCACCAUUUGGUCCUGCCGGGACUGGGAAGACUGAAACUGUUAAAGCCCUUGGAAACCAGCUGGGAAGAUUUGUGCUGGUGUUCAACUGUGAUGAGACAUUCGACUUCCAGGCUAUGGGUCGCAUCUUUGUUGGUCUGUGUCAAGUGGGAGCCUGGGGCUGCUUUGACGAGUUCAACCGACUGGAGGAGCGCAUGCUCUCAGCCGUCUCACAGCAGAUUCAGACCAUCCAGGAGGCUCUGAAGGACAUGGCUGGGCGCAAGGAUAAAGAUGGCAAGAAACAGAAGGGUACCCCGAUGGUGGUAGAACUCAUUGGCAAGCAGGUGAAAGUCAAUCCAGACAUGGCCAUCUUCAUAACGAUGAACCCCGGAUAUGCUGGCCGCUCCAAUCUGCCAGACAACCUGAAGAAGCUGUUCCGUAGCCUCGCCAUGACGCAGCCAGACAGACAGCUGAUUGCCCAGGUGAUGCUGUACUCACAGGGAUUCAGGACUGCCGAGAAACUGUCCAACAAGAUCGUGCCCUUCUUCAUCCUCUGUGAUGAGCAGUUGUCGCCCCAAUCCCACUAUGACUUUGGACUGCGUGCCCUCAAGUCUGUACUGAUAUCGUCUGGACACGUGAAGAGAGACCGCAUUCAGAAGCUGAAAGAGGAUCUCAAGGAGAAGGGACAGACAGUGGAGGAAGCUUCCAUAGCAGAGAACCUGCCUGAACAAGAGAUCCUGAUCCAGAGUGUGAUGGAGACGAUGGUGCCCAAGCUGGUUGCAGAGGACAUCCCGUUGCUACACAGCCUGCUGUCGGACGUGUUCCCAGGAGUCAAGUUCAACGCCGCCGCAAUGGAGGCCCUCAGGCGGGAGGUUAAGCACGUCUGCCAGGAGAUGUACCUGGUAUACGGAGAGGGAGACGAGAUGGGCACCCUCUGGGUUGAAAAGGUCCUACAGCUGUACCAGAUCACUCAGCUGCACCAUGGCCUCAUGAUGGUGGGCCCCAGUGGGGCAGGCAAGUCCACAGCCUGGCGCGUGCUGCUAAAGGCACUGGAGAGACUGGAGGGAGUUGAGGGAGUCGCUCACGUCAUUGACCCCAAGUCAAUCUCCAAGGCCUACCUGUAUGGAAGCAUGGACCCUAACACCCGAGAAUGGACUGAUGGUCUCUUCACCCACACACUGAGAAAGAUCAUUGACAAUGUGCGUGGAGAGCUGCAGAAGCGCCAGUGGAUCAUAUUUGAUGGAGACGUGGACCCAGAGUGGGUGGAGAACCUGAACUCCGUGCUGGAUGAUAGCAAGCUGCUUACCUUGCCCAAUGGAGAACGUCUGGCCAUCCCACCUAAUGUACGGAUCAUGUUCGAGGUGCAGGACCUUAAGUAUGCCACACUUGCCACUGUGAGUCGCUGUGGCAUGGUCUGGUUCAGUGAGGAUGUCCUCUCUAUGGAGAUGGUGUUUGACCAUUUCAUCCAGAGAUUGCGCAAUAUCCCCCUAGAGGAGGAGGACGUGGAGUCAUUCAAGGGAGGCAAACCAGAGGAGGAGGUUGUGUCCCCUAAUAUGCAGGUUCAAAGGGACUGUGCAGCCCUUCUCAGUCAACAUUUCACGUCGGACGGUCUUGUGAACCGCUGCCUGCAGUUUGCUGUGGGUCUCGAGCACAUCAUGGACUUCACUCAGCUGCGCGCUCUCAACUCCCUGUUCUCCAUGCUCAACCAGGGUGUCCGUAACAUCAUCACGUACAACUCCAGCCACUCAGACUUUCCAAUGUCGCAAAGCCAGCUGGAGUCCUACAUCAGCAAGUUCCUCAUCCACAGUCUGCUGUGGUCACUGUCUGGUGAUGGGAAACUGAAAGUGAGGGAGGACAUGGGCCAGUUCAUACGUGGAAUCACCACCAUACCCCUCCCACCCAAGAACAACAUGAGGAUCAUUGAUUAUGAGGUUCUCAUCACUGGAGAGUGGGCUCCCUGGCAGAACAAGGUACCCCAGGUGGAAGUGGAGACCCACAAGGUUGCCUCCCCUGACGUGGUCAUCCCCACGAUAGACACAGUCCGUCAUGAGAGCCUCCUGUUCACAUGGUUGGCAGAGCACAAGCCUCUGGUGCUAUGUGGACCACCAGGGUCCGGCAAGACUAUGACACUGUUCAGUGCACUCAGAUCACUACCUGACAUGGAGGUUGUUGGCCUGAACUUCUCAAGUGCCACCACACCUGAGCUGCUCUUGAAGACGUUUGACCACUACUGCGAGUACAGGCGUACCCCCAACGGCGUAGUGCUUUCCCCGGUACAGCUCAACAAGUGGCUUGUACUCUUCUGUGACGAGAUCAACCUCCCAAACAUGGACAAAUAUGGCACCCAGCGUGUCAUCUCGUUCCUGCGUCAGAUGCUCGAGUACGGUGGCUUCUAUCGCACUGCCGACCAGACCUGGGUAAAGUUUGAGAGGAUACAGUUUGUGGGUGCCUGCAACCCACCCACAGACCCAGGAAGAAAGCCUCUUACACAUAGGUUCCUGCGACAUGUUCCCGUGGUUUACGUUGACUACCCAGGGCCUAUCUCCCUCACCCAGAUCUACGGCACCUUCAACAGGGCCAUGCUUAGGCUUGUACCCAGCCUCAAACCGUAUGCAGAACCCCUCACCAGCGCCAUGGUGGAGUUCUACCUCAUGUCACAGGAGCGGUUCACGCAGGACAUGCAGCCCCACUAUGUGUACAGCCCCCGUGAGAUGACUCGCUGGGUGCGAGGCAUAUGUGAGGCCCUGCGACCCCUUGACAGCCUUUCUGUUGAGGGACUGGUCAGGAUCUGGGCCCACGAAGCUUUGAGGCUCUUCCAAGACAGACUAAUAGAAGAUGAGGAAAGGCAAUGGACAGAUGAGCAUGUGGACAUGGUGGCCAUGAAACACUUCCCAAGCAUCAACAAAGAGGAGGCUAUUGGGCGGCCCAUCCUGUACUCCAACUGGCUCUCCAAGGACUACAGUCCUGUGGAUAGGGAGGUGCUUAGAGAGUACACAAAGGCCAGGCUUAAGGUGUUCUAUGAAGAGGAGCUGGAUGUUCCCCUGGUCCUGUUUGACGAGGUACUGGACCACGUCCUGCGUAUCGACCGAAUCUUCCGCCAGCCCCAAGGUCACGUGCUGCUGAUCGGGGUCAGCGGUGCAGGAAAGACAACUCUGUCGAGGUUCGUGGCCUGGAUGAACGGGCUCUCGGUGUACCAGAUCAAGGUGCAUAACAAGUACACAGCAUUUGACUUCGAUGAGGAUCUGAGGACCGUGCUCCGGCGAUCUGGCUGCAAAGGAGAGAAGAUUGCCUUCAUCAUGGAUGAAUCCAAUGUACUGGACUCAAGUUUCCUGGAGCGAAUGAACACCCUCCUGGCGAACGGGGAGGUUCCAGGUCUGUUUGAAGGGGACGAGUACACUACACUGAUGACCCAGUGCAAGGAAGGGGCCACCAGGGAGGGGUCCAUGCUGGACUCUUCUGAGGAACUCUACAAGUGGUUCACACAACAGGUGAUGAGGAACCUGCAUGUGGUGUUCACCAUGAACCCAUCCUCAGAGGGACUCAAGGACAGGGCCUCCACCUCGCCUGCCCUCUUCAACAGGUGUGUACUGAACUGGCUGGGAGACUGGAGUACAGGUGCCCUGUACCAGGUGGGCAAGGAGUUCACCAACAAGGUGGACCUGGAGAAAGGACAGUAUGUGGCCCCAGCCUCAUUCCCAGUAGCCUACCCCAGCCUACCACUGCCCCCAGGCCACAGGGACGCUGUGAUCAACGCCUUCGUGUUUGUGCAUCUCUCCCUGCACCAGGCCAACUCCAGGCUGCAGAAACGUGGUGGACGUACCAUGGCCAUCACACCUAGACACUACCUGGACUUCAUCAACCACUUUGCCAAGCUGUACCAGGAGAAGCGGUCUGACCUGGAGGAGCAGCAGCUGCAUCUGAACAUCGGCCUGCAGAAGAUCCACGACACCGUGAAGCAGGUCGGAGAGCUACAGAAGUCUCUCUCAGUCAAACGCAUAGAGCUGGAGGAGAAAAACAACGCUGCCAACUCAAAACUCAAGCAAAUGGUUAAAGACCAGCAGGAAGCUGAGAGAAAGAAAGUGAUGAGCCAGGAGAUCCAGCAGGCAAUUGCUGAGCAGACCCUGGUCAUACAGGACAAACAGGUGUUUGUGAAGGAGGACCUAGACAAGGUCGAGCCUGCCGUCAUAGAGGCACAGCAAGCCGUACAAUCUAUCAAAAAGAAGGACCUGGUCGAGAUACGAUCAAUGGCCAACCCACCGCAAGCCGUAAAGAACACUUUGGAGGCCAUAUGUCUGUUACUUGGGGAGAACUCCAGUGACUGGAAAUCCAUCCGUGGCAUUAUUGUUAAGGAUGACUUCAUUAGUAAAAUUGUGGCUCUUAGUACUGAGGAUAUUGCUGAUGACAUCAGAGCUAAGAUGAAGCAGAAGUACCUGAGCAACCCAGACUUCACUUAUGACAAGGUCAACAGAGCUAGCUUGGCCUGCGGACCCAUGGUGAAAUGGGCCAUUGCUCAGAUAAACUAUGCGGACAUGCUGAAGCGAGUGGAGCCGCUGCGCAAUGAGCUCCUGGACCUGGAGAGUCAGGCCAAUGACAACAAGCUGAAGGGAGACGAGGUGAUGAAGCUGAUAGCCGACCUGGAGCGCAGCAUCGCUAAGUACAAGGAGGAGUACGCACUGCUCAUCAGCCAGGCCCAGGCGAUCAAGGCUGACCUCUCCGCUGUAGAAAUGAAGGUUGAGCGCAGUGUUGCCCUGCUGAACUCACUGGGUGGUGAGAAGGGUCGCUGGGAGGCAGGCAGCGUCACAUUCAAGAACCAGAUGGCCACCAUCAUUGGAGACGUGCUGCUCUCCUCUGCCUUCAUGGCAUAUGCUGGCUACUAUGAUCAGAAGAUGCGUCGCAAUCUGUUCAAUGUGUGGGCCACCCAUCUACAGAAGGCCAAUGUGCAGUUCCGUUCAGACCUGGCCAGGACUGAGUACCUGUCUAACGCUGAUGAGCGCCUGAGGUGGCAGGCCAAUGCCCUGCCUGCUGAUGACCUGUGCACUGAGAACGCCAUCAUGCUGAAGAGGUUCAACCGCUACCCACUGAUCAUUGACCCCUCUGGGCAGGCUACCGCCUUCAUCAUGAACGAGUACAGGGACAAGAAAAUCACCAAGACUAGUUUCCUUGACGAUUCGUUCCGUAAGAAUCUGGAGAGUGCCCUACGUUUUGGCAAUCCACUAUUGGUCCAGGACGUAGAGAGCUAUGACCCGAUUUUGAACCCCGUCCUGAACCGUGAGUUGCGUCGCACGGGUGGCAGAGUGUUGAUCACCCUGGGAGACCAGGACAUUGAUCUGUCACCUUCCUUCACCAUAUUCCUCUCCACCAGAGACCCCAAUGUUGAGUUCCCACCAGAUCUGUGCUCAAGGGUGACCUUUGUGAACUUCACUGUUACCAGAAGCAGUCUCCAAGACCAGUGUCUGAACCAUGUGCUGAAGGCCGAGAGACCGGACGUGGACGAGAAGCGUUCAGACCUUCUCAAGCUGCAGGGAGAGUUCCAGGUACGCCUGCGUCAGCUGGAGAAGUCCCUCCUGCAGGCCCUCAAUGAGGUCAAGGGUCGUAUCCUUGACGAUGACAGCAUCAUCUCGCACCUGGAGAAGUUGAAGAAGGAGGCGGCAGACGUGGCGCGCAAGAUGGAGGAGACUGAUGUGGUGAUGGCUGAGGUGGAGACCACGUCCCAGCAGUACCUGCCCCUCGCCAGCUCCUGUAGCAGUAUCUACUUCACACUGGAGGCUCUCAAACAGGUCCACUUCUUGUACCAGUACUCCCUGCAGUUCUUCCUGGAGAUCUUCCAUGCGGUGUUGAAGAGUCAGAAGCUGGGAGGUGUGAAGGAGUACGGCAGCAGGCUGGCCAUAAUUACACAGGAACUCUUCCAGGACACGUACAGCCAUGUGGGUCGAGGCAUGCUACACGAGGACAGGAUCACGUUUGCCAUCCAGCUGGCACGUAUCUACCUGAAGGGUCUGCAGAGCGAGUCCACAUAUGACCAGGAGUUCCAUCAGUUCUUGAGGAGUCAGGAGACCCUCCUCACCGGCCGUCUACCUGCCCCAAUACAGGGCCUCACUCAGUCACAGCAAGAAGCGCUGGUGAGGUUGUCCCAGACCAAGCAGUUUAAGAAAAUUAUUGAUGAAGUGAAAGGAAAUGUGGAGCUGCAGGCCUGGUUGGAGAGUGCCAGCCCAGAAACAGACAUACCCCAGCUGUGGACUGAAGAGAAAGAACUAACGCCCAUCGGCAAGGCUGUCAAUGGACUACUGGUGGUACAGGCACUAAGACCGGAUCGUCUCACAUCCAUGGCGAAAAUCUUUGUGGAGAAAGUGCUUGGAUCUACCUUUGCACAUGCUGCUGAUAAAGAGCUGGAUCUUGCAGAAAUUGUGGAGAAUGAGAUCAAGGCCAAUACGCCAGUAUUGAUGUGCUCAGUACCGGGAUAUGAUGCUAGCGGCAGAGUGGAUGAUCUGGCUACAGAGCUGGGCAAGCAGCUCACAUCCAUUGCCAUUGGUUCUGCCGAAGGCUUCACGCAGGCAGACAAGGUGAUCAACUCCUCCAGCAAGUCUGGCCGAUGGGUGAUGCUGAAGAACGUGCACCUGGCGCCCCAGUGGCUGGUCCAGCUUGAGAAGAAGCUGCACAACCUCACGCCCCACCCGGCCUUCCGGCUGUUCCUCACCAUGGAGAUCAACCCCAAGCUGCCUACCAACCUGCUGCGUGCAGGCCGCGUGUUCACGUUUGAGCCCCCACCAGGUGUCUCUGCUAACCUGCUGAGAACCUUCAGCACUAUUCCUGCUACCAGGAUGUGUAGGGAGCCCAAUGAGCGUGCACGGCUGUACUUCCUGCUGGCCUGGUUCCACGCAAUUGUGCAGGAGAGGAUGCGAUACAUGCCCCUGGGCUGGGCCAAGAAGUACGAGUUCACUGAGUCCGACCUCAAGGUGGCCUGUGACAUGCUUGAUACCUGGAUAGACAGUGUGGCAUUGGGUCGAACCAAUCUGCCCCCUGAGAAAGUGCCCUGGGAUGCCAUCAAGACCCUGCUGUCACAGUGCAUCUAUGGUGGCAAGAUUGACAACAACUUUGACCAGCGGCUACUGAGUUCGUUCAUUGACAAGCUGUUCUCACCAAAGAGCUUUGAGGGAGACUUCACCCUGGUGGCUAGCCUGGGGGAGGGCUUAGGCAAGAAGAUAUCCAUGCCCGACAGCAUCAGGCGUGAGGAGUUUGUAGCAUUCUCAGAACACCUGGAGGCUGACAGACAGACACCGUCCUGGCUAGGACUGCCAAACAAUGCAGAGAAAGUGCUGCUCACCACUCACGGCUCAGACAUGUGUGCUAAACUCAUGAAGGUUGAGUUGCUGGAGGAUGAUGAUGAGCUGGUGACCCUGAGUCCUGAUGAUGACGAGAAACGAGUGGUGGACGGGCGACCCGCCUGGAUGAGAACCCUGCACACCUCUGUAAAGACAUGGCUGGACCUCGUACCCAAGGGAUAUGAAGAAGUGACUGUUGGAGCCAUGAAGAGGACCAUUGAGAACAUCAAGGACCCCCUUUUCCGAUUCUUCGAGCGCGAGGUUAACCUGGGAGGUCGGCUGCUAGGGGAUGUUAGGCGGGACCUUGCCGAUGUGCUACAGGUGUGUGUGGGAGAGAAGAAGCCUACCAAUCACCAUAGAAACAUGAUGGCAGACCUUGCUAAAGGUAUGAUCCCCGAGUCGUGGCGCAGGUACACAGUGCCGUCUGGGAUCACGGUGAUUCAGUGGAUCACAGACUUCAGUCAGAGGAUCAAACAGCUGCAGGCUGUGGUCCAGGUGGCUCAGGGAGGGGCCAAGGAACUCAAGAACCUGCAAGUGUGGCUGGGAGGCCUGUUCAUUGCUGAGGCCUACAUCACAGCCACAAGACAGUAUGUUGCCCAGGCUAACAGCUGGUCCCUUGAGGAACUACACCUCGAUGUGAAUGUGACAGAUGGUAAGUCUGGUUCCCUGGAUGCAUGCAGUUUCUGUGUGACUGGCCUCAAGCUGCAGGGAGCUGUGUGCAAGCAGAACAAGCUGCAACUGUCCUCCACCAUCUCCACAGACUUGCCUCUUACCCUGCUCAGAUGGGUCAGGCUGGACAGCAUUGAGGGUGGGAAGGAUGUCAAGGUCACUCUGCCAGUGUACCUGAAUGCCACCCGGGCCCAGCUUCUGUUCACACUGGACUUUGCCACAGAGGGUCAGGGAUCCGGCAAGGAUCACAGCUUCUAUGAGAGGGGAGUGGCAUUCGUGACCUCUGACCUGGGAUAGAACGUUGUCAUGGUUACUGCAGACAGAUUUCUGAAGUUAUGGAUUAUAUUUGGUUUAUUAACUUGCUGAUAUUUACUUUUGUGAACUUUUAACAACAAGCAAUAUUGCUCUUUGGAUUGCAGUGUUAAUUAUUAGUACCAACUUUUCUGCUAGCAGUUACAAAGUCAGCAUACACUUUGGAUUUCAGUGUAUGAUAUUAACUUGACUUUAAACAUUUUUUAAAAAGAAGAAAAAAAGCUAUGUACACUUUGGAUUUCAGUGUCUUCUGCAAGCAAUUACAAAACAUGCUAUAACUUUUCAUUGCAGUGCUAAUUGAUAUAACACUACAUUUUACAAAAUAUACUUGGGAUUUUAUUUUGCUAACUUUAUGAACUUAAUUAUAUAAACAUUGUGGAAAAAGGUAGUGGUAAGAACAAAAAACUGUCAGUUUAUUUUAAUGUGCUUCUGUUGUGUAAUGUGCUUUUGAUUGUGCAAGUGAUUACUUAAUUGGCUUAGUAUUUUUUUGUUUCCUCUCACUUACUGCCACUGAUUGUUUUGUCAGUUUAUCAUGCUCUGGAUUAUACAUGUAUUUAAAAUUAAAUUGUCCUUAGAAAUUUCCCACAAUACUUAUUCUCCCUUUAAAGAAUAAUAACAUAGUUUUGUUCUUUGAAAAAUGUUUAUUUAUACUAAUUGCAUUGUUUAAGAAUGAAACCUAUUCAAUUAAUAUGUACAUCCAUAUACAAAUGUAUAUCCCUCUGUCAAUUAUACAUCUUUGUUUCAGUUAUAUUUUCUUAUCAACUUUUGUCAAUCUUUUAUCUUUAUGUUCUUUACAAUUCUGGGUUUAAAUAUUGGAAAAUAAAUGCAUUUUAAAUAAAUGCGAAUGUACAUGGAAACAUGAUAUUUUAUAGGUAACUUUUAUAAAUUAUUCCUUUCACCAAACUUUUGAUUGAAUAAUGUUUACUAGUAAAUUAAAUGGCAUCAAAGGAAUUGUUAAUGUUAAUUGCAACAUCUACAUAUAAAUGCACACCUUGUAUGGUAGGCUAUUCUGGAAUAAACUUUUUUGGCUGCUUA